CGUCAAGGUAGCAGGCUGCUUUUCGAGAUACUCAUCCCCAACUCACUACUUUCAUUCAUUUACGGCUAGCCCGUAUCGUCAUUCAUUCUUCGUUCAAGAUGGGUAUCAAAACAUUCCUUCUGGCCGCCCUCGUCGGCCUCAGCAGUGCUGCUUACACGCUCGAAGACGACUACGUCUCAGGCGGAAACUUCUUCAGUCUGUUCUCAUUCUUUACCGCCGCCGACCCAACGCACGGAUUCGUCCAGUAUGUCGACCAGGGCACAGCGCAGAGCGCUGGCUACAUCAACGAGACCUCGAGCUCCGUCUACAUUGGAACGGAUUACCACAACGUCGCCUCUUCCAGCGGUCGCCAGAGCGUCCGCAUCACCAGCAACAAGGCUUACAACGCCGGCACACUCAUUGUCCUUGAUCUAGCUCACAUGCCUGGUGGAGAGUGCGGUACUUGGCCCGCUUUCUGGACGGUUGGUCCCAACUGGCCAAACUCUGGUGAGAUCGAUAUCAUUGAGGGCGUCAACUCGCAAACUACCGAUUCCAUGACGCUCCAUUCCAGCAGCGGUUGCUCGAUCACCAACAACGGUGCUUUCUCCGGCACCAUCGCUACCAGCAACUGUGACAUCAACGCCGCUGGCCAAGCUACCAAUGCAGGCUGCGGCAUCUCGAACACCAACACUCAGACUUACGGUGCGGGCUUCAAUGCUGUUGGAGGUGGUGUCUACGCUAUGGACUUCGAAGCCUCCGCCAUCACCAUCUACUUCUUUCCCCGCGGCGCGAUUCCAUCCGACAUCAACAGCGGGUUGCCGAACCCAUCGGGCUGGGGCACGCCGGUCGCGCAGUUUCAGGGCGCAUGCGAUAUCCCAUCACACUUCAACAGCCAGCAGAUCGUCUUCGACCUGACCUACUGCGGUGACUGGGCCGGUGCGGUGUGGUCUACCGAUGCCGUUUGCGCACCUCUGGCAAGCACCUGCAACGCCUACGUGCAGAACAACCCGUCUGCCUUCCAGAGCGCAUACUGGCAGAUCAACUCGUUGAAGACGUACCAAUACUCUGCCAACAGCGUCAGCUCAAGCUCCACCAGCACCUCAUCAACAAGGUCGACCACAUCCACCUCCACGACCUCGACGACUGCUCCUACCACCACGAGCACCACAACUUCAACACGAACCACCAGCUCUUCGAGCACCACAAGCACCACCACUACGAGCUCUACAAGCACCACAAGGCCCACAAGCACUACAAGCAGCUCAAGCACAACGAGCACCUCCACGGCAGCGCCGACGACAACCUCCCGCAGCUCAACCACAACCUCUACAUCUGCGGCCCCCACUACGACCGCCAGCCCGAGCACCAACCCAGCUCCGGUCAGCUCCUCCACAGGCCCCAUCACCGUCUCGGUGCCGUCGACCUUCUCCACCAGGCCUAUUGCGACAGGCAACUCUGCCUUCAACGCAAACUCCACGGCGACCCGAAACUCCACGGUCUCUGCCAGUUUCAGGUUCUCCGCGUCCGCGAACUCCACUGGUCCGGCGAUAGUUACUGCUGCAUCUGUCAGCUCUCUCGACCCUUCGUCGACCAGCACCUCAACGACGACUCGCUUCCGUCACCAUCGUUUCUUCCCGGAUGACAGACGCGCCGUAUAGAGCGGGAACGUCAGCAUGGGCUAUGCAUUGCAUAAGCUGCCUGUCGCUACCGCUUUCAGUGGAAUGGCAUGAGCAAUGUUGAUUUUGAGCGUUCAAUGAACAUACUUCUGUGCAUAGCUAUAUAGCAGGGUACAUGGCAAAAGCCGAGCAUACCACCCAAACCUUCACUGUUCCCUCGCUCGAACCUUCGCCGCGACUUGUGCUGUUCCAACCUUACGCACCCUGUGGCUUUCUGCGUCCCUUCUGUCAGCAUCAUUUCUGGAAAACGGUACGGCACCAGGCGCUUACAGUAUGCAACAGGCGGGCUUGCAGCGCACUAUAUAAACACCGGAAGGGCAGUGAAUGUAGGCUGCGACUCCGUCUCAGACAAUCGACA